UUGAUGAUGAUGCAACAAUAUUAACAAAUAAUAUAAAAAUAAAUCAUUUUACAACAAGUGAAAAAAUGCAACAAGAACAAAAACAACGUAUUAAAAGUAUGGUAUUUAGAUCAUUACCAGAUACUCUUGAAUAUCAUGAACAUUAUAAUAUACAUUGGCCAGUUAAACGUGAAGCAACUGUUGAAGGUGAUGUUAUAUUAGGUGGUUUAAUGAUGGUUCAUUCACGUGAGGAUACAAUUAUGUGCGGUCCAAUAAUGCCACAAGGUGGUAUACAAGCAUUAGAGGCUAUGCUAUAUACAAUUGAUCGUAUUAAUGAAGCAAAAUUUUUGCCAAAUAUACGUUUAGGUGCUCAUAUAUUAGAUGAUUGUGAUAAAGAUUCUUAUGGUUUAGAAAUGGCUGUUGAUUUUAUUAAAGGAUCAAUAAGUAAUAUUGAUGAUGCCGAAUAUCAUUGUAACAAAACACAAGUAAGAAAAGUGAUAUCAGGUGUAGUUGGUGCAGCAUCUUCAGUUACUUCAAUACAAGUUGCAAAUUUAUUACGUUUAUUUCGAAUACCACAGGUCUCAUUUUUCUCAACUAGUCCUGAAUUAAGUAAUAAACAACGUUUUGAAUAUUUUUCAAGAACAAUACCAUCAGAUCAUUAUCAAGUUAAAGCAAUGGUUGAAAUUGUUAAAAGAAUGAAUUGGAGUUACAUAUCAAUAAUUUAUGAAGAAAGUAAUUAUGGAAUAAAGGCAUAUGAAGAACUAGAAGAACUUUUAGCUGAAAAUGAAAUUUGUAUAGCAGUUAAAGAAAAAUUGGUUAAAGAUUCUGGUGUUGCUGAAGAAAAAGCAUAUGAUAAUAUCGUUCAAAAAUUAUUAACAAAACCGAGAGCUAGAGGUGCCAUAAUUUUUGGAUCAGAUCAAGAGGUGCGAGAAGUAAUGAGAGCUGUAAGACGUAAUAAUGCAACUGGUGCAUUUUCAUGGAUCGGUUCUGAUGGUUGGAGUGCCAGAAAUCUUGUUUCUGAUGGUAAUGAACCAGAGGUUGAAGGUACUUUAUCCGUACAGCCGCAAGCAAAUCCAGUUAAAGGUUUUGAAGCAUAUUUUCUAAAUUUGACAGUUGAAAAUAAUUUAAGAAAUCCGUGGUUUGUUGAAUUUUGGGAAGAUCAUUUUCUAUGUCGAUAUCCGAAUAGUUUACCAACACCAUAUAAUAUAAAUUAUAAUAGGACAUGUACAACUAAAGAAGUAUUAAAUAAAAAUAAUACAGAUUUUGAAGAUCAAUUACAAUUUGUUAGUGAUGCUGUUAUGGCUUUUGCAUAUGCCCUAAGAGAUAUGCACAGAGAUUUAUGUGGUGGUAAACCGACAUUAUGCGAUUCAAUGAAACCAACAAAAGGUGCUGAUUUACUCAAAUAUUUACGUAAAGUGGAAUUUGAAGGAUUAAGCGGUGAUCAUUUUCGAUUUGAUAUUAAUGGUGAUGGACCAGCUCGAUACAAUAUAAUACAUUUUAAACAAGUUGAAUCUGGUAAAUAUCGUUGGGUGAAAGUUGGUGAAUAUUAUGAAGGUGAAUUGCGGUUAAAUAUGUCGGAAGUGCAAUUUAAAUUAUUGGAUCCAAAACCACCUGAAUCAGUAUGCAGUCUUCCAUGUGAAAGAGGACAAGCCAAAAAAUAUGUUGAAGGUGAAAGUUGCUGUUGGCAUUGUUUUAAUUGCUCAAUGUACCAAAUUCGACAUCCACUUGAUGAAACACAAUGCGUCACAUGUGAUAAAGGUACAUUACCAGAUCGUAUGAAAGAACGCUGUCAAGAAAUUCCAGAAGUUUAUUUACGUCCAGAAUCAGCCUGGGCAAUUGGUGCAAUGGCAUUCAGUUCAACUGGUAUUUUGAUCACAUUAUUUGUGGUCGGAGUGUUUGUUAAGCACAAUGACACACCUGUAGUACGAGCAUCUGGAAGAGAAUUAAGUUAUAUACUAUUAGCUGGCAUCCUUAUGUGUUAUAUGGUAACAUUUGCUUUGGUAUUACGACCCACUAAUAUUGUUUGUGGCUUACAAAGAUUUGGAGCUGGAUUUUGUUUUACUGUCGUUUAUGCAGCUCUAUUAACUAAAACUAAUAGAAUAGCCAGAAUUUUCAAAGCUGGUAAACAAUCAGCUAAAAGACCAUCAUUUAUUAGCCCAAAAUCCCAAUUGGUUAUAUGUGCGUGCUUAACAUUUGUACAGAUUUUAAUCAACGGGGUUUGGAUGAUUAUAUCACCUUCUCAUGCCAUCCAUCAUUAUCCAACUAGAGAAGAUAAUUUACUUGUAUGUGACUCUUAUAUUGAUGCAUCAUAUAUGAUUGCAUUUUCAUAUCCGAUUAUAUUAAUUGUUAUAUGUACCGUAUAUGCUGUAUUAACAAGAAAAAUUCCAGAAGCAUUUAAUGAAUCCAAGCAUAUUGGAUUUACAAUGUACACCACAUGUGUUAUAUGGUUGGCAUUUGUUCCACUUUAUUUUGGAACAGGGAAUCAUGUUCCAUUGAGAAUAACAUCGAUGUCAGUGACUAUUAGUUUAUCAGCAAGUGUCACGGUGGCUUGUUUAUUUUCACCUAAGCUGUAUAUAAUACUUGUGCAUCCAGAACGUAAUGUACGUCAAAGUAUGAUGCCAGCCAGGUAUAGUAAUAUUAAUCGUGGAACUGGUACAGGUCCAUCAUCAGUAAUGGCUGCUGCAAUGGUAACAGCAGCUACUUGUAAUCAAGAGGAAAAAAUUCACAAACACAUAUCACCUUCUAAUACAGAAACAAAUGGUAAAAUGAAAGUUUGUGAAAUUGCUACACAAACAGUUGCCAUUUCCAGUAUAUUCACAAAUAUAGACAGCACAGCAUUAACACAUUACAGUGUCAAUUUACCAUAUGCUGAUCAAAAUGUGCCAAAUAAUUUAGAUAACAAUUGUCAAAAUCUAUCAAAUAAUAAUAAAAUAAAUAAUACAACAAAAAUAUCAUCACCGCCACCGUUACAAUCAAAAGUUGAUGAUAUAUAUCAGCAACAGCAACAGCAAUCACAACAAAAAUCACUCCAACAACAUCGAAAAUCAAGUGGUAAUGUAACAAAUUUAACUGGUACUGAGUUGAAGAAUAAUAUUAUUGAUACCAGUUUAUAGCAAGUGAAUAAAUCCUUAUUACAAGAAAACCAUCCAUUAUCAUCUCUUUUGUUAUCAACAUCUACAAUAAAUACAUCUUCUACAUCAUCAUCUACAUCAUCAUCAUCUUCAUCAACAUCGCCAACACUACCACCUACUCCAACAUCACAACAAUUUAGAUCAUUAGAAUUACAAUUAGAAACAAAUGUUAAAAUAUCACCUAAAUUACAACAAUUUAAAAAACAACAAUCACAAAUAAAUAUAGUACCAUCUAUCGAUAAAAAUGAAAAUGAAAAGUGUGAGCAGGAUAAAAAUUUUCAAAAAAUUUGUAAUACAAAAAGUAAUAAUAGCUGUAAUAAUCAACGAAAUGCUAUAACUGUAUAAUUAUUUAAAAGAAACAAACAAACUGUUUAUAACAACAAUUCAAAUAUUCACAGAAAAAAUAAUAUUUUGUUAUAUGAGGG